AUGGAUUCAUUCUCUGACAGCGGUGAGCUCUAUCAAAUUAGACAGCAGUUUUUCACUGGUCAAUACGUCAAUGUCAUCGAAUCAGACUUGUUAUCCUUUUCGGAGACAAACAGAGAGAAAGCUCUAGAGUACAUUGUAAGAGCUUACAUCGGACUUGGGAAAUACCAGAAAGCCCGUGAUUUGUCACUGGAUUCGGAAUCCUCUCAACUUUUUCAAGACUUUGUUGACUUUCUGGAAUUAGGUGCUGAUUCUGAGAACGCUGGGAUAGAAGCUGUUAUACAAAGCCCUCCACAUUCAGAGCUGAGUCUGGUUCUUGGAGGAAUAUAUCUGGCUAAGUUGGGGCGUGUUGAGGAAAGUCUGGCACUGCUUCACUUGCAUCAAAAUUCGUUAGAGUGUGUUUCCCUAAUAGUCCAGUUAUACUUGAUUACCAAUCGGGUUAAAAAGGCUCAACAAGAACUGGAAAUCUCAUCGAGAUGGGCUCAAGAUAGCAUUGUACACAAUUUGGCAGAAAGUUGGGUCAACCUCACACUUGGGGGAUCUCUAUACCAGUCCAGCUUUUACUUUUUUGAAGAGAUCUCUCAACAACACACGUCUAUUGAAACUUUACUAGGACUGUUGGUUGUUAGUUUACAAUUACACCAUGUUGAAGAAUCUGCCGAUAUCGUUACCCAAUUGUAUGAAGUGGCCCAGUUACACGGAAUACAACUGGAUCCAAGCGUGUACGCCAAUGAAAUUACGAUAGGAAUCCUCAAGGGAGAUACUUCGAAGCAAGAAGAAUUGAGAGAAAAGAUUAAGCAAUCCAACCCCAACCACCCAUAUCUCUUAGAUUAUGAGGCUAGGGUUGAACAAUUUGAUGCUAUUGUGGCCAGAUAUCAUGAAUAG